UCUCGGGCGGGAGCUAUGCACCUCAGCGAUCCAACUAGGAGGGCGGGCCCGGAGGACACCGGGCGUCGCCUGCCGCCGGCUGGCACCUACUGGGCGGGGUUGGAGAGGUCCGGGGAAGGUGACCUCGAGGACACCCUGCAGGGAGGCAGCGUUUUAGAGGCCAAGCGCUGCGUUAGAUUGGGUCCAGGUCUCCUGGACAGGUGCUGGGAACAGGGGACCCAAAAGGUGCUAGAGGUAGCGGGUUUGAGCUGUGCCCUCAUCCGACCCGGAGCGCCCGAGAGGCCGCAAUCCCGCGUUCUAUCGAGUCGUCCCCGUCCGGAGGGCGGGCCCAGCGCCUGCCGAGUCUUGCCUGCAGGUGCUGGGGGCGGUGCCCAGCCCUGCCCCGGGGGACGUUCUUGGAUGCCAGAGGCGGGUCAGCGAAGCGGCCGGUGCGGGCGACGCCUUAGAACCGAGGGCGGCCACUGCAGCGACAGGUGCUGCGUAGGGCACCGCUUCCUAGCUCUGGGCAUCCCAAGCUUUCAAACUGCUCCUGACUCCGGACAUCGAGGCCCCCGGGGCCCAAGAUCGUCGCCCUGGGGUCGCUUGAAGCGCAGGGCUAGGAGCCCCCGGGCCAAGUCCGGGAGCCUGCGGCAAAGCAGCGUAUCGAGGGCUGCAAGUCGGGCGGUGAGGUCCUAGUCACAGGUCUUUGAGACCCGGGAUCCAGAGAGCCAAGUCCCGGAGGUACCAGCUGAGUAGAACGCAGAUCGCCGGGGGCGGUCCGCAGCCUGAGUCUUCCAGAGCCUAUUGCCCGGCAGCUAGGUCCCUGGGCGGCUUGGCACCCGGACAGCAGAGGUCGGGGGCAGUGUCCCUCUCUCCGCUCGGAAUCAAGCUCCGAAGCCUGGUGCGUGUAUUUUCCCCCAGUCCUGAGGCAUCCCACCGGGCGCCCGCGGAGCUGCUGAUGGAGACACCCAUAGAGCGCGAAAUCCGCCGCAGCUUCGAACGAGAGGAGAGCCUGCGCCGAAGCCGGGGCCUGAGCCCGGGCCACGCCGGCCAGGAACUCAUUGAGCUGCGCGUUCGGCCGGUGCUCAGCCUGCCCAGCCCCGGGCCCGCGCUCCCGCGCGCCUUGGAGCGCGCUCGGGCUGGCGCGAAGAUGCAGCGAGACAUUGAAAGGGAGACUCAUCGGCAAGCGGCGCUCGCGAGGCCGGCGGCCGGGGAGCUGAGCGCCUCGCCGCAGCCGCCGGGACUGAACGAGCUCAAGCGCUUCUUCGAGGCUGCCGCGGAGGACCGCGCGGGUUCGCAGAGGCUGGCGGAGGCCGGAGGCCGGCCGCACUCCGAGGUGCAGGGCUACUGCCCGGUGCUGGCGCGCGCGCCGCCGUCUGGCAUCCGGUCCCUGCUGGAACAGGAGGUGCGCGAGGUGCGCGAGCGGGAGCGGGAGCUGCAGCUGCAGCGGCACAGCAUCUACGGGAUCACUGAGGUCCAGGAGCCCGCGCCGAGCCUCACUGCGAGCAGGGGCGAUGGAAAGUUGGCGGUGAUCUGGCCCCCGCGGAGCAGGGCCUCGGAGAACGGCCUGGAGCAGGAACGGAAACCUUGAAGUUUGAGAAGCCGGGAGGCUGAAGCCAGAAGCAAACCCUCUUCAAAGGACUAGGGUAGGGCACCCUCCGGAUAUGCAGAAGUCCUGGAGAGGGGUCAGCCGAGGAACUUGAAAUCCUUCCCCUCGUUGAUCUUUGUGAAAUUAACCAGUUUUCUCUAUAAAACUAGUCUUCACUGGAAAACAACGCCAUCCGCAAGACCCGUGAGUGCAACAAAAUAAAGCCCUCCUUUUUCUUGGACUGUCGGUGCAAGCUGUUUUCUUUUGGGUCCUCUCAGUUUGGGUGGGGCGGGAGCC